AUGUUGGCAACCCACCCCAGAACAGCCGUUUCGUCGUCCCGUUCCGUCAACAGCCCCGAUUCAGGAGCCGUCGAAGGCCCCAAAUCUCAAGAGGAGACCUUGAUGCAACAAGAAGACCUCGAGUCAGCGAUGGAGAUUGAGAUGCUAAAGCAUCACCUCGACCUUCCCGAGCGUCAUCCCGAGAAGAACGAACUUGACGAGAUCCUAUCGGCCCCGUUGUUCACGUACCCGGUCUUGAAGCACGCCCAAAACCUCUCAUCUGGAAGCUCCAGAGGUUCCCCCCAAUACGCGCUUUUCGCCGGAGACGUAGAGGGCCUCGAUACUUACAGUACAUUCGACAACGUGAAGGUUGAAGAGUUGAGAUUGAACGAAUCGGAUCUGAACACAAAGCGCAUGCUUGAUCUCAUGGCAUUUGGCGAUAAAAACCAACCACUGUACCUGCAGGUAAUCCUGAGAAUCCUGAGAGACAUGCGUAUCGCACAGCAAAAAACCAGAUCGACUUUCAAGUACGAUGAUUUUGUCCAAAAAAUCAAGCGAGAGGCCUUGGCGCCUGAUCAGAUGCGACCCCUCAACCAGCGGCUGGACACGUUGGAGAGCUUUAUUGCUCCAAGACAAGGUAGGCUCGAAGCUUGCACCAGCAACACAACCGGUACUGAUUGGACUCCUAUUGCCGGGGAGCUGAUCAUUGUGGACCUGUCGUGCCCGUGCGUUACGGCGGCCAUGGCCUGUUCGCUGUUCAACAUCUGCCUCUCAAUAUUCCUUGAGCAGAAAACACUACUAGGUCGCGUCGUCGCCCUAGACGAGGCGCACAAGUAUAUGGGUGAAACGGCUGAAUGCGAAGGGCUCACGAACAAUCUCCUCUCGGUCAUCCGCCUGCAACGUCAUCUCGGCGCGCGAGUCUUCAUCUCGACACAAGAGCCCACGAUAUCACCGAAGCUGCUUGACUUGUGCAGCAUCACCAUUGUGCACCGGUUCACCUCUCCAGACUGGCUCAGGGUCCUGAGUCAGCAUCUGGCUGGAAUCUCCACCGGAGCCCGGAUUGCCAGAAUGCUCGACGAUAAGGAACAUGGAGACACUGAGGCAGUGAACGAGCGGAAUGGCGCUAGCGGCUUGCGCGGCGUGAUAAUCUCCUCGCAAGAUCCGAUUCUCGAGCUCUUUGCGCGUAUUGUUAAGCUCGGGACCGGGGAGGCGUUGGUGUUUGCGCCAAGUGCUGUUGUCGACUUGGAGAAGAAGAUUGAGGGGGGUGUGAUGAAGACGACCCAUAAGCGACUAGCGCAUCAUGUUACGCAUGUCAUCGUGAGACAUCGGGUUACCACAGACGGAGGCCAGAGCGUCAUGGCAGCUUAG